UCUACCGCGACACACGUUCACGUCGCACGUGAAAAGUUCACACUCCGCGAACGCAUAAAAUAUUGUUCAACUCUCAUCAAGUUUACCAAGUUUACACACACACACACACACACACACACACACACACACACACACACACACGCACGCACGCACGCACGCAACCACGCACGCACGUAUCGCAACCGUUAGCCGAUUCUGAGCAAGGUAAGAAUAUGGACACUGAUGACGACGAAGAUAAUCAAUCAUGUUACGAGCACAAACUUCGGAAUAAAAAAUGAAACCGAAAAAAAAGAAUAAUCAAUUGUAAAAAUAACGCCACGAUACGAAAUAUUAUGACAAUCACUUCGGUAUUGACAUGUUAUGGUAUAAUUUUGCUGGUGGCCCUGUGCUUGGGCAGUCGGCAACACGGAACGCGAAAAAUCAGACACGACCAUAAAGGACAGAUCGAGGGCACACAGCCUGACAUUGAUUUUGAAUUCGAAACCACCAAAGGUUCUCAAUUCGAAUACGGAGGAGAUUAUGAUGAUCAAUCCGAAGACGUAACAUUGGAAAUUGUUCACAGUUUAUUCGACACGCGGAAAGGCAUUGUACCCAACAUUAUUUAUCAAGUGAGGAUCAACUAUACGGCUGCCGGUACGACAUUGUACAACUAUACCAUCAGCAUUAACAGCAAACUUUUGGCUCGAGGACAACCCGCGGCCGACAGUAAUUUGCUGACGUUCAAUUGGUCAGCUACUACAACUGAUCAACAGUUGCAUAAAUAUCUGACGUUCAGGUUGGAAUAUAGUACAUUUGGCGCGUCAGAGACCAAUCAUUUCAAAAAAAGAAUACCAUUACUAAAAGACUGCGAGCUGUACCUGUUGGCCACCGAAUGGGGCCACCUGUCUUCCAGAGACCUGCCGCCGGUGGCGCACGGGCAGCAGCAGACGUGCGUGGUCAAGUUGCCGCAAAGACGCCGGGCCCGGCUGGUGGUCGACCUGACCAAGCUGAACGUGCCGUGCAAACGCGGCCGGCUACAGGUGUCCGGCCAUCAGCCGGUGUGCGGCAAGCUGGAGGACCUGCGCGAGUCGGACCGCCACUACGUGCUGGACGCGGGCCGCGCCGCGCCGUCCACCGUCACGUCGUCCGUGGGCCGGUACGCGUUCGCGCUCGCCUACCGGCUGGCCGCCAGCUGCUACGACAACGACGUGGCCCAGCAGAACGGCACCGUCGUGUUUACGCCCGGCUCCGAGUGCCGGUACAAGGUUACGCAACCGUACGGUUACCGGUUACGGCUGCUCAUCAGCUCCGUGCCUUACGGUGGCCCUGACGACUCGGCCGCGGGUGCCGCCGACCGCCCGUCCACCAACACCACCGCCAAACCGAUGACGAUCGACACUCUGCCGAUCCAGCAGUCGACCACUACGUGCCCGGGCACGUUGUUUCGGCUCACCGACGGCGAUGCUGUGAGCUGGUUUUAUUGCGCGUCAGCGGACAGCUCUAAGCGCCUGAUGUCCAUGGUGUCCACGACGAACGUGGUACUGAUGGAGUCGUCGUCCACGUCGACGAACGUGCCCACGCUAGUGGUGACGUAUCAGGCGGAACCGGUGCCGGACGUCGUGCACCAGUGCCCGUACGGAUCGAUUUCGUUCAAGGCGGGCCAGCAGUGCCUGACCAUCGUUGACGAGACGCUCAACUGGGACGAAGCGGAAGACUAUUGUGCUCAAAACGGCGGCCACCUGGUCAGCAUCGACAGUCACCGCACGCAGACGCUUAUCGAUACCGCGUUGAUCAACAGCCCGAGUUACAGUGACAGUAUUGCAUAUUGGAUUGGAGCUACGGACAUGAAUAAUGAAGGGUUUUUCAGAUGGACAGACUCAUCACCGUUCACCUAUUCUAAUUGGUACCAAGGACAUAUUCAUCAAUCUUACAGCGGUCCCAACUCAAAACAGCCCAACGACGACGGCUUAAGCAAACAGGACUGCGUAGAACUGAGACAAGUGUACAGACCUCAACACCGGUUGAUCAAGUAUUUUAACCGCAAUUCGUCGUACACUUGGAACGAUCGCGAUUGCUCUGUGAAAAAUCGAUUUCUGUGUCAGACCCAACAGCACACUUCUCCAAACGAUUAUGACCCGGACGAGUCGAAUUGUAAUGUCACAGUGAAAUUGACCAUCGAGAUGAGAUUCGCUUCAGUUUCGAGUCCAGGAUUUCCUCAACCGUACCCCGACAAUCAAGACUGCACUUAUAGUAUUGAAGCACCACGUGGUUAUCAGAUCGAAGUCGAAUUCGAGGAACUCAUGUUGGAAAAUGAAUCAACUUGUAGUUACGAUUACGUUGAACUCAUUCCGGAAGAUGACGACGAAGGCCCCAAAUACUGCGGCGACAAAAGUGAUGUGCUUAAACUGACUAGGUACGUCACCAAAAGACCCAAGCUGAGGAUACACUUUGUUUCCGAUUAUUCGCAUUCGUUCAGCGGUUUCAAGGCUCGCGUAUCCGCGGAACACGUCAAUAACGAGUGUGACGACGCGCGACAGCAAAUGUUCAACGGGUCGUGUUAUUUGUUCGCCAGUUACCCGGAAGUGUCUUGGCACACGGCAAGAAGUAUUUGCAACGGAAUAAAGGCGGAACUAGCCAGCAUUCACAAAGCCGAUGAAGAACAGUUUAUCGAAUCAUUCAUCCGAGAGUCUACGGACACCAGGUCCGCUAUUUAUUGGCUGGGUGGAACGUGGAACGACAAAUCCUGGUCCUGGGUCGACAAUUCGACGGUGACGUUUUCGGCAUGGUUAGCGACGGAUACUGUGAACGCGAUACCGUACAAAGACAUCUGUCUGGCGAUCAGUUGGCUAUCUUCACCGCCCAUCAACCUUCCGCGAGGUCUUUACUGGACGGCAAACGUUUGCAGUACGGUCGGUGGAUACAUUUGCAAAAAAAGUCAGCUGAAAUUUGCGGACUCUUACAAUUUGAACACGACCAUGACUGGCGUGGAGGGAACGAUAACGUCGUUGAACUACCCAGCGAACUACUAUCACAACUUGGACUAUUGGAUACACGUCGUCGGGCCGAACCGGGCGCGUAUCGUGUUCCAGUUUGAUUCGAUAAACAUCGAACCACAAGCCGACUGCCUGUAUGAUUUUGUCGCCGUCAUAGAAAAGAAGGAGCACGAGAACCGGACACUGACAGUCUGCGGAUAUCGCGGAAAUAAUUUAGAAGAUUACGUAUUUGUGACCGAUUCGAACGAAGCGUUUGUGCACUUCCAUUCGGACUACUCGAUAUCAAGCUCGGGUUUUCAUCUGAAGUGGAACGUAGUGGACAUGUCAGGAUGUCCAUCGCAAACGCUGACCGCUUCCGAGGGGAAUGUCGUCAGCCCGAACUAUCCGAAUUUCAUACUGCCAAAUCUGAACUGCAUUACAAUGAUAUUGGCACCGGUUGGUCACCGCAUAUGGAUAGAUUUCGUGGACUACAAUCUAGAUGGAAUGCAAACGGUCAAAUUAUACUUAACAAACACUGCGGAUAAUAUAACUCCAUUUAAAUACCGAAAUUCGAUUAACGACGGGGCGUUCUUGUCGGAAGGCGAAAGCGUGAAAAUCGAAUACUCCACGAACCGUUUGCCUAGGGGAAGAGGCUUUAAGAUUUUGUAUAAAACGGUUAUGGAUUUCGAGGAAGAACGCGCGAUCGUGUUGCAAGACGACGUGUCCGGAUUUAUGUACCGACUGAACUAUCCGUUACCAAUGCACUUCCCCAAACUGCGGUACAAACAGAAACUAUUGGCUUCGAUCGGAAACAACAUCCAAUUGCAGUUUAAUCACGUGGUGCCGGCUCAAAUGGACACGUCGUUGGGUCGUACCGUAUGCCCGGGUCAGCAGUCUACGACGGUCAUCGAGAUCCACGACCAUUACGCCGCGCAGAACGGCACGUGGUGGCUGCUGUGCGAAAACGUGGAUCAAAUGAAAUCCGUUCCGAUCUCGAUCACUUCGUUCCUGAACUCCAUGUCCGUGGUGGUCAUAUACGGCCAGAAACCGGUGAUCGACAUAGCGUCCGCGAACAUAUCUGUGAACGUGAAACCUGAUGCCGAAUUCAAAAAAAAACUCGUCACGCUGGCCAGACUCCCUGUGAACAACAAGACGUACAUAGAGUCGUGCAACCCCAACCCGUGCGUGAACGGCGGGACGUGCGCUCUUCAGAAAUCUUCGCAGACCUAUUAUUGCAAAUGCAACGGCAAUUACACAGGGACGUUCUGUUCGCUGACCUAUUGCGAUUUGGGCUAUUGCGUUUUUGGCGAAUGCCUUUUGACCGGCAGCAACGGUUUUGAGUGCAGAUGCCAGUACGGGUACACGGGUCGUUUUUGCGACGAAAAGAUCAAACCGUGCGAGCUGAACCCGUGCAAGGAUCGCGGAGACUGCGUGUCAUUGGGCGACUCGGACUACCAGUGUAGAUGUUACGCGUACUGGACGGGUGAUCAAUGCGAGAGGAAAGUGUUACACAUCACGUACAAACCGUUAACGGACCGAAUGCUUCAAGAACCGUUUUGGUUGGGUCUGCUCACGGUGUUUGUAGUGAUGGGCAUACUAGGAAUAAUAUGGUGCGCUAAACGUCACGUGCCGGAAAAAAUCGAGAAAAUAUUAUCCGAAGAAGCCGAACGCAGCAGACACUUUACAGUGAACACUUCCGGACGGAUGUCGAGUGUGCGAGGCGAACUGCUGGUGCCCACGAUGAAAACGAACGGCGCUACGCCGUCGGAGGGCGGGAAUUCUCCGCCACCGCAACCGAAAACGUUCCUCAGCCGAUUGGGUAUACGAAAACCUUCAUUAAUGAGCCUGACUAGUCCGUUACAGACGGGCCGGGCUAAUCGUACGUUCAGCCUGGAUGAUUUGCUCAGGCCACAAGUUCCGAGAUUUAACCAACACCACCGUUCAAAGCAGAAAAGUGCUUCGCCGUCGAAAUUUCGGACCACGAUAGCCGAUAAAUCUGAAAUCCUCCAACAGCUCAUAUCACCCGGGCUUGAGCGACAAGCGAGUUUUAACGAUGAAAUCAAUCUUGUCGAAAAGUUGUCGACCAACAGCAUCGGUCCCAAUGACAUUCUCUUGCCGCAGUCGAACAUUUCGCAAGAGACAAGUUUUUCAAACGACUGCUCGAUAGACGAAGCCGUUCACAAAAUCGAAAAGAAAGUCACUUUCGCCAGACUGAUGAAUAAGUUACAAUCGGAAAUGAGCUCGACCAGCUCCGAGGUGGACCCGCAGACCAGACACGCGCUGAGAAAACCGUGCAUCAAUCAAGUCAGCGAUUCCUUUUCCAGCCUGGAGUACACUUUAGAGAAUCGAAAGUCGAACCAACUAUCGUUGAACCAGUACCAGCAGCAGGCGGGACAGAAGGCCAUGAGCGCGGAUUCGAUUUUGGCCAUGUUCCGGAACUUCAACGCGACGAUGGCGAUGACGGAGAUGAGCAACUACCUGUCGGCGUCCACGACUCCCAGCUGUUCCAGUUUGCAGGACGAAGUGGUGGGCAGCGAGGACGAGUCGUUGAUGUCGAACGCCGCAACGCAUUCGCCCGGCAAAGAGUCACCGACACGGUACCGUUAUUCGAACGUGAUCCAGCUACCCGUGGUGGACAUGUUGAGCUCACAACGGAACAACUCGAACAACCAGUUGAACAGCCUGCAACAUCCACCGUCCAUACUGCUCGAAGUGCCCAACUACCGCAUGGAUUGUUUGUCGCCCAUCCACGAGCUACCGACUCCGGUCCCGUCACCGUCGCCCACACCGGUAAUAUCGAGGAGGUCGGCGUUCAGCUGCUUGAAGGACAUGGACGACGAUCCUCAAAAUCAGGAGCCGCCGUCGAUCAGUGUGCCGGCGAACCGGUCCAAACAGCUGACCAUACCCAAGCUGGUCGUGCAACAGCCGACGCCCAUCAACUCGCCCAGCAUGGAGUUCCCCGGGUCGCCGCCGCCGCACAAAGAGAAACCGCAGGCCGGCCGGAAGAUGCUUCGGGACAUGGAGAAGCCGAUAUCGCUGGACUUGCCCGCCCCGCCGCCGGUCAUCACGGUAACGUGCAUGAGCGACUCGGACACGGAGUCGGCGACCACCAAAAACGGUACGGACUCGUCGAAAAACGGAAGCGGCAUGUGUUACCUAAGCCCGUUUUCUAUGUGUUCCCGGGCCGACAGAAUAGCCUCGGAGUCGAACCUCAGCUCGUCCGGGUACAGCUCGGGCCCGUCCCGGUGCAACUCCAACACGCGGCUGUGCCCGUUGGACUGCGCCGAGGAGCCGACCGCCGCCGGUGGCGUCGGCGGCGGCAGGCGCGUAUCGCCACUGAUCCACGCGCCCGAGAUCCGCGAGAUGGACUCGGAGACGACGUACUCGGAGAACGACGACGAGGGUUUCGACACGGACGCGGCGUUGGGACCGGUGUCCGACGGCUCGGCCCGGAGCAAACACUACCGGCACGCGGGGGGUGACGGCUCGGGGGGGCUGGACGCGGAAUCGCUGUCGGCAGCCAUGAUGACGACGAUGGCCGCCGGCAGCAAGCACUCGCCCUCGGGCCUGGAACCGGCGGACGCUCCUUGCGGCGGUCGUCACGUGCCGUCCAUCACGGUGCAACAGUACCCGUCCACGUUGCACCUGUCCACCGCGGACGCGUUGCACGACAAGAGCCCGGUGAGCUCGAGGAGCGAGAGCCCGCUCAGCGACAAGACGGUGUUCCGGUUCUCGCCCAUGUUCUACGGGCGCAUCACCGACUCGGACAGCAUAUACGACUUCACCAGUUCGGAUUGCGCGAUGAAGAAGCGCACGGGCAAGAAGCGGGAGCGCAAGAGGCGGCACCCGCAGGUCGGCGGCGGCCCAGUGGCGUCCGCGUGCACCACGCCGUCCGCGGAGGCACCCGGCUGCCGCGGCACCGGUAACCUUCUGCUGUUGGACGUGCCCGACAGGAACGUCAAGAAAAAGUCCCGGUCCAAGCCCAACACCCGCAGACGAUCGCGGUCGCAGCAGACGGUCUUGCCCAGUUCGUCGUCGUCUACGGACAGCCUGAACGACAUCAACAGGACCAGUUAUAGCAACAGGCACAAACGAUCCAGCGAUUCGGUAAAAAAACGAGAUUUAUCUUCCGAAAACUGGUCAGACCGUGCCAAGAGCAGCGAGGACAAAAUUACCGACAAGAAGAAAACAAAGUCCAAUCGUAUCGAAAACCGAAGAUUAAAGUUCCAAAACAAGGCGGUCAGCGAUCAGGGGCACUACGAGUCGGAGAACGAAGAAGACGUUUCCAACUUCACGUCGCUACCGUCGAUGUUGGUCAACAGCGGCGCGGCAAGGAUCAAGAGGACCAAAGACAAAUGCACCGCGGCGCCGACGUCGACACGUCAAAAAAUAGUUACCGCUUCCGAUUAAGUCUCCCGUCGCGCGUGAAUACCGUGGUAUCAUCGUUUCCGUCGACUCGCGGCGGGCUAUCCGUCACGGCAAAUGUUCCAUAAAAAAUGAAAAAAAUAAAAUUAACUAAUUAAGAUACUCCAUUUCGUGCGGUAAUCGCGUUCGCGUGCAAAGUAUCCGACUUGUAGGCGGGUCGCUAAAACGUGCGUGGUAUAGGCACAGUCAGUGGUGCAACUAGGAGUUGGGGUUUAGGAUUGUAACCCCCCCCCCCCCCCGAAAUGUUUACAAAUUCUAGGUAGGAAAAAAUUGUUUAUAUUGGACACACUAAUUUGAUUGAUAUGGAAUAUGAAUAUUAUUCGUAUUAUAAUUGAUAGCAAUAAUACGACAAUACGGAACGUUCGACUCUAAAACAUCAAUAACCUUGUUACUACGAUUUCUCGAUUGUAUAAUACUUUUUUUGUGGUUAUCACAAUAUGAAAUAG